CUUGCGGAGACAACUGCCGACUGUCAACGCACGGCUGGAAUCAAGUAAAUAGUUAUAUAAACCAAAAGCUACCAGGGGAAACAUUAACUUUACUUGAAAAUGGCUUAAUUAUCUUUGCGUUAUUUGGAACACGUUUAAAGCUCCGGCUGGAUAUAUUUGCAAGGGAUAAAACAACUCCACAAUAUGAACUUCGGUCUCCGAAGUUCAUAUUGUCUUGGAACGUCUUGGGUAUUAUUUUCCGAAUAUUGUGUUCAUAUAGUAGUACGUUUAUCACUUGAUAUUAAUUUGUAGUAGCCGUAUUCUUUUGGCGCUCGAGCUUCUUGUGCCUGUUGACGAGGUGAUAUAUGUGGAUACCUGAGAAGCAGCUCGCGACCUUAAUACACGCAAACAAGACCAAGGCUAUGAAAUGUUUCUUCUAUGUGCUUUAGUCUAUUUCAUGUGCCUUUUUGACUGUUGAUUAGCCAAACGGAGUACUGAAGUUCAUAUCAUAGGCUAUUAUUAAACUGAAAAUCGUAUAAAAAUGUUAUAGAAUUUGUGUUUGAAAUUCUAACAUUGAAACGUUGUUUUAGUUAUUGCUCGAGGAUGCGAUCAAAGACUGUUGUAAUUCAGCCGGUUGUGUUAGACAGUCCUCAGCCUCAGACCUAGCCAAUAUGUAUAUUAGUGGAGUGGACGUCCUGCACAAAACGCUAUGCCAGGCUCCGUUUUAAAGGAGCACAGCCCAGCGCUCUCGGCCUAAUGACUCAUGUCUCCCUGCUCCAGCGUGGCUCUGUGACCCAGUCACACGUCUAGGAUGAGCACGGAUCUAGAGCACAUGUCGCUCAACUCCUCCUCGGCCAACUCUGUGGCCUCGAGUGCCCGCACGCUGUCAGCCAACGUCAAGAAGCUGCACAACGCUCUCAACCUGCUGCUUAACGACUUGGAGCGGGAGCAAUUCAUUCACUGCCUCAACGUGUACCACUCCAAGCGUAAUGUCUACGACCUGGUUCAAACCCUCAAAGUCAUUCUCAAUGCGCCCAGCAAACGCCAACUUCUGCCCAUGCUACGGCUGGUCAUUCCACGCUCUGACCAGCUUUUGUUUGACCAGUACACCUCGGAGGGCCUUUACUUGAAAUCGGAUUUACUUGCCAGAAAUGGGAGCGCCGAAGCGGUGGGCGAAGGUUCCAGUGCGAGUCCAACUCCCCCCGGAUCUCAGGUUGCGCUGCGCAGCUCCCCGGAUAGUUUCAGCACCUGCAGUGAUGGGACAGCUCCCCUCGUACCGCUGCUCGGGAGAAGCUUCUUGCACGAGCCUCCAGGAGAGGUCCGACAGGUGACCCUGAAACGGCACAAGAGCAACGAGGGCUUGGGUUUCAGUAUCCGCGGCGGCUCAGAGCACGGGGUCGGAAUCUAUGUGUCUCUGGUGGAGCCAGGAUCCCUGGCCGAGAAAGAGGGACUGAGGAUUGGCGAUCAGAUUAUGAAAGUCAACAGCACAGUGUUCGAUAAAGUCACGCACGCUGAAGCGGUGAAGGUGUUGAAGGGCAGUAAGAAGCUGUCCCUGUCGGUGCAGUCGGUGGGGCGUAUCCCAGGGGGUUAUGUCACUAACCAUGUGUACACCUGGGUGGACCCUCAGGGUCACAGUGUCCCCCCUCCCCCUGACCUCCCAGAGCACCGCAGUGCCACCCUGAGACACACCGACAGCCAACGACGCAGCACCAUGCAGAUACUGCAGGAGGGAGAUGAGAAGAAGGUGAACCUGGUAUUGGACGAUGGCCGUUCACUAGGUCUGAUGAUCCGGGGUGGGGCAGAGUAUGCCUUGGGGAUCUACAUCACCGGAGUGGACCGGGGUUCUGCCGCAGAGUGUGGUGGACUUAAGGUGGGCGACCAGAUCCUGGAGGUGAACGGGUGCAGCUUCCUGGGUAUCCCCCACGACGAGGCGGUGCGCGUGCUCAAGUCAUCGCGCCACCUGAUAAUGACUGUGAAGGACGUGGGGCGCUUGCCACAUGCCAGGACAGUAGUGGGGGAGACCAAGUGGAUUGCCAGCUCCCAAAUCGCUGAGAGCUCUGCCAGCGGCAGUGUGGCUGGCUUGUCCAUGGACCAAGGAGCAUCGGGAAGGAUGGUGUUCUAUAAGGGUAUGGCUGGCUCCCAGGUGACCCUGUCCAGCCCGGUGAACCAGAGCAGAGCCAUGCUGGAGGAACAGGCCCGCCACCUGCUGACAGAGACAGAGAGGCAGACCAUGGGCUACUACGUGGAGGAGUACCGAGACGGACACAUAGGGGUGGAGCAGCUGGUCUUGGCCCUAUUUGAACUGCUCAACACACAUGCCAAGUUCGCCCUGCUAUCAGAGGUGCGUGGCCUGGUAACUCCCCAGGAUCUGGAGCGUUUCGAUGGGAUGGUGCUGCGCCACAAGAUCCAGGCUUUGGAGGCUCGGCAGGGGAGUGCCUGUGCGGCCGCUCUCCACUCUGACUCCAUCUCUAUGGUCUCCUACCCAGAUACCCUGGCCUCCUCGUCAACGAGCAACAUGACCUCCACCACCCUCAGUUCUGCACGGAAUGACAGUAUGGUGGACAGUAAUGGGGAGGAGUCUCAAGAGAGUCUGAAUGUACUGCCUGACAUCUCUCUGGAUGAGGUGCAUUCCACAUCCGAAUCUCCCCCCACCUUCAACCCCCCACCCCCCCCAGGGCUGCAGAGGCAUCCCAGCAGACGAGACCAGGUCAAAAAACGCCCUUCCUCCGAAUCCUCUUAUUCUGGACUCUACUUCACCGCCCCUGCCCAUAACCCACCCAAGGACCAGAGGGGGAACCAAGGGUCCCCCUCCUCACCCAAGGUCCCCCUACAAAAUGAUUUCUCCGUCCCCCAUAAGAGGGACCCCUCCGUCCCCCAUAAGAGGGACCCCUCUGUCCCCCAUAAGAAGGAGAUGGCAACUUCCAAGUUUUCCAUGGUCAACAAGCACGCCAUAGGCCCCUUCCAUAGAGUCCAGUCAUCUAUUAAGACCACCAAACCUGCCGCUCCCUCCCCAUAUCUACCCCCUCCCCCUCCACUCCCUGCCCCAUCCACACCCCCUCUCCUUCCACACAGCCCGGACAAGGCCUCCUCUGGCUCCAACAAACAGCACUUUGUCAUGGUGGUGGUCCACAGGCCCAAUGCAGAGUCUGACGUCAACGAGGUGCGGUCCCUGCCCAGUCACGAGUGUGUCCCUGUGCCAGUCUCUAACCUUCUGCACCCAUCCCCUCAAGGUGCCACCCUGUCCCAUCUGUCAGACAGUGGACAGACACUGAGUGAGGACAGCGGGGUGGACAUUAGCGAGUCGGGGCGACUCAGCAGGGAAAGCAGUCCCCACACACGCCCCCCACGAGACCCCAAGGGGGCACGUGGGGACAGCACCGCCAAACCGCCGGGUCUCUUGGAGCGUAGCUCCACACUGGUGAGGGUGGCAAAAAGUGCCAGCACCCUGGGCAUCGCCAUCGAAGGAGGUGCCAACACUCGCCAGCCCCUGCCACGCAUCGUCACCAUACAGAGGGGCGGUUCGGCACACAACUGCGGGCAGCUGCAGGUGGGUCAGGUAAUCCUGGAGGUAAACGGGGUUUCCCUGAGGGGCCGGGAGCACAGGGACGCAGCGCGCCUCAUUGCUGAGGCUUUCAAGACCAAAGAGACAGAACACGUGGACUUCCUGGUCACGGAGUUCAACGUGGCACUGUAGGAGGAAGUAAAGGAAGAAGAGAAGGAGAGAGAGACUCUUAUCAUGGAGGGAGGAGGGACAGGGGCUACAGAGCUGGAGAGGAUAGGGGGUGGCUGUGGGGGCAAAGCGGCAUAGUCCUACACACUGUUCUGUACAUUGGUUCAUCUACCAACCUUUAUCUGGUCACUUGGCCUCACCAUCCUCAACAUCCUCCAGCUUUAGCCCCAAAACUAGACACGGACACAGUUGCACUCUAAGUUGAGAAGUUGCCAUGAUUUCUGAUUUUCAUGGACUUUCACCAUCCUUGUGACCUUGGUUUUUAGGAUACUCCCUGCAGCAGUCAUUUCUCUGGACACCUUAUUGUAUGUGUUUAUGGCAAAAUCAUGUACUGUCACUCUAUAUGUGUUGGCUAGUGGCUUCAUCCUGUGGAUCUCAAAUGGACAAUUGGACAAUGACGCCAUCAGCACUAGAGCUCUGGCAGAAGAUAUGCUCCUGAAGCGGUCAGUUAGUGGUCAGUUAGCGGUCAGUGUCUACUAACCUGCGUCAGUCUGAGAGACUACCAGCACACGCAAGAGACACAGGCUGUGUCGCAAAUAGGACCCUAUUCCAAUAUAGCGCACUACCUUUGACCAGAACCCUAUGUGCCCUGGUAAAUAGUAGUGCACUAAAUAGGGAAUAAGGUGGGACGCAAGCCAGCCUUCCAUCCAGCAGAUGGAAGAGGCAGGAGGAAACACCAUUUUCCAAUGACAGUUUGUUUUUGUAAAUGUACAAAUGUAGAUACUAUACAAUAUAUACAUAAAGAUAAUCUAUGAAUUAUAGAAACCUAUCUUACAUGCUUAAAAAGUAGAAUUCUUCAAAGUGUACUGUUAAGUCCCUUUUCUGCAAAUGUGUCCCCAAGUGAAGAGUAAUGGAGAUGAUUGUGUUUUAAUUGCCCUCUCUAGCAGUGCUAGUCAGCCGUACUAUUUGUGUUUACACAAGGGGCUUGCAGGGGCCUGCGUCACAUAGUAAUUACUAAGAGGUAGUAAUGAGGCAUUUGGGAAAGGAAACUGCUGCAGAAGCUCUCUCCGAUACACACUCCCAGAACACAUGUGGCCCAGCACACACACACACACAGGCAUGCCAUCUUACCACACAAACACACAAGCACACAAACAGGCAGAAGUCACGGUGGAUUGAUGGAGAGCUGAUGCUAAGAACUUGAAGAAGCACUUUAUCCAAUAAUUGAACAGGUAUGAGGAGCAAGUCAUGGCAAUCAGGAAGAGGAAAAGAGAAAUAGAGAGAGACGGAGAGACACAGAGAGACACAGAGAGAAAGACAGAGUGCGAGCGAGAGACAGAGAGACACAGAGAGAGACAGAGAGACACAGAGAGAGACAGAGAGGC